UGUCACAAUCUGACCUGCAGAUAUUAAUCUGGCCAUAGCUAUUCACAAACCAGACAGCAAGGUCAAGAGGACCUGCACAGUAAGAUGUGGAAGAGACUCGAUCAUCAAUCCAAGAUCAAAGCAGGGGAUGGACCUCAGGAGGACCAGUUCAAGGAACUGAGCUCAGCUCGGGGACCUGCCAUGCCACACCCUCUAGAGCUGUCAGAAUUCCAGAGCUUCCCAGUUUUUGAGGACAUUAGCCAUCACAUCAAAGAAAUGGGGGCCCAACUAGUAAAGAAAGUCAAUGCCAUCUUUCAGCUGGACAUCACCAAAGAUGGGAAGAUCAUUCUGCAGUGGACCAUUGAUCUGAAGAAUGGUUCUGGGGACAUGUAUCCAGGGUCUGCCAGGCUCCCAGCAGACACUGUCUUCACUAUCCCCGAACCUGUCUUCAUGGAGUUGGUUUUGGGCAAAAUGAACCCUCAGAAGGCUUUCCUUGCUGGCAAGUUCAAAGUGAGCGGCAAAGUUCUGCUUGGCCAGAAGCUGGAGAGGGUUUUGAAAGACUGGGCUAAAAUUUAAGCAUGCAAAAAUAUCAAGGAAGCGAUCAGAACUUCUCUCCAGUUAUAAUAUUCAGUGGAAAUCAUGCUUAAACUGAAGAUUAAAACAAAACAUAGCCAAUAUUUUUACUCAAA